ACAGGUUUGUGUUACACACUCGGGUGGGGUUGUUAUUUGGUAUCUCCACCACACCCUCUGUCAGACUCUCUCUCUUAACAAGAAAGACGAACAGGACCUCCGUAUAAUCGGUCAGACUUCACCGCGCCUGCCCACGUCUCGUCCUCGUUCUGUUCCCCGCUCUACGCGCUUUGAUCGUCGGUCAUGUUCCGCUGUGGGAUCGCUUACCCCCGGUGCAGGUGGAUCGUGCCCCUGCUGCUGCUCUUCGCCAUUAUUUUUGACAUUAUCGCCAUCGCGGCCACGUCAGGAUGGGUGGAGGACGAGGACGCCAAAUCCCACUACGCCAGUAUGUGGGACCAGUGCCGAGGCAGGAAUGGCGAGUGGGACUGCAAGUCUCUCAUGGAGCACUCUUGGGCUCAGGCUGUGGCUGCUCUGAUGAUCAUCGGCCUCCUCAUCCUCAUCGUCGCCUUCAUCAUCUCCUGUAUGGCUCUGUGCUGCUCGCUCAACAUCAGCUUGCUGCCCGUCAUAGGAGCGCUGUUGAUCGUUGUCGUGGUUCUACAGAUCAUCGCUCUGAUCAUCUACCCAGUCAAGUUCAAUGAGAUGAUCUUCGAGGGCAACUACUUCUACACCUGGGCGUACGGCUUCGGCUGGGGCGCCACCAUCCUUUGCAUUGGCUGUGCGGUCCUCUUCUGCUGCCUGCCGCGCUAUGAGGACGAGCUGACCGGCAUGGCCAAGACCAAAUACAUCUACACCUCCGCUUAAAGACAAAAGAAAACCCCCACACACACACACACACACACACACACACACACACACACACACACACACACACACACACACACACACACACACAGUUACAUUUUCCACUCAUCACUCUGAGCUGGAUCUGCGCUAGCCACUGGACAUUUUUACCCUGCACCGUUUCACCAAAGAUUGGUAUUUGAAAUAGAGGUUUCAUUCUCUUUGAAAGUGGACUGUGAUUGGAUGUUGCAUCUGCUUUUAUAUAACAACCUCUACUGUGUUUUAGGAUAAGUCAGCUUAAAAAAAAAAAUGUUUUAACCAUGGUAUUUUGGACAUUCUGCAUUUUGGUGAAAACAUAUUCCUUAUUUUAUCUGUAUUUGUUUUAACCAAUGCAAGAUCACCUAAGUGCUCUUAACCAUAGUGGUGUAAUUAUGUGUAAAACUUGCUUUAGCCUGAUUGACUUUUAGAACUCCUUACAACUUUGACACUAACAUUUUUGCAUAAGAUGCAAAAGAAACGACUAUUUGUCGUUUAGAUUUGUGUCCUGUGUUUUAUUAUAAGUUUUUCUUUCAUUCAUGAGUGUGUCUUUUUUCUCUCUUUGUUGCUGCGUUUGAGUUAAGAAGAAAGCUUAGGCUCAGAAGCUGAAUGUAACCUGUAUACAUAUGAAAAUAUACAUGUAGUUUAAGACUCAUGUUUGCACCUUUUGUGGGCUUUAUUGAUCAUUCUGACGUGCGCUUUGUCUCUAGAAGUUUGUAUUUUUUUUCUUUUUGACUAAAUACCAAAAUGGGAAUUAGUGUGGGAGUGUGCUUUCCCGGCGUUGUAUCUGUCCUGAACACAAAUAAUGAAAAUUCAAUUUGAGAUUAGAGCAGAGGGUGAUUUUUUUUUUUUUAAUUGACAUUGGAGCAGUUGUUGCUUUGAUGGCCCUCUAAACAGGAAACAAUUAAAAUGAGAUUUCAGAGAGAUUGAUGCUUAUUAAUCUGACACAUGCAGAUUUUCAAAACAAAAUUCUUUUCAGAAAUGACAUGGAUAUUUUUUUUUUAUAUUGAAAUUUAAGAUUUCUUGACAAUUUCCCUUCAAGCGGACAGUCAUUGUAGACUAUAUGGUUAAAGUGGCCAUCAUAUAUAGAAAUCUGCAGCAAUCUUACAACAAAACAGGUCCAACUCAUGUAAGCGUCCUUGUUUAAUACUGAUGCCAUAUUGUCAUUAUUUUUGGUUAAAAGGGAACAAUGUAAAUUCUGAAACUUGUUCUGUUUUUUUUUCUCGUCUGCAUCGAAGAAGUUAUAUUUAGAGAGUGUGUUCAGAGAGAUUAAAGACUUGAAGCUGUUUUUAUUCACAGUCAGAUGACCAAUCAUGUAUUCUUUUCGAAGCCUUCCUAAGUUUGUGAAAGUGAUCACUUCUGAAAACCAUCUGCUGGUUUGAUGAGACACUGAGACCAAUCUUCUGAUAAUCCUGUGCCUUAGCUUCUUCUAGUGUUCUGAUGCUGAAUCCUUAACGACCUAUCAAACUGGUCGUUCUGGUUUUUCCUGACUCACGCUUAAGUCCAGGCAUCUGUUGCGUCUAUAUUCAUGUCCAAACAAGACCAAUUCAUUUUCUUUAUUGCAUGAUGGAGUUCUACGAAAACACUGAAAACCCAAACUUCAGAUUUUGUUAUCUGACCUUGGUGUGUUUCCAGUCGAUUUUCAAACAAUGUGCUGCGUAUAUGAGUACUGGAAUUGUCUCAAUGAUGGGGUGAAAACUUCUAAAAUGAGCUCUCACAGCAAGAAGAUGUAGAGGAUUCUAUUUUAUUACAUUCAUCCACUUCUGGAAAUCACCCAGCUGUUCUUCUGCUGUAGAAUGAAUUGAAUAUUUUUGCUAGUCUGUGUAUUUUUUAUCAAUAAAAAGUUUUGUUUUUCCGAA